CGAAUUACAGUUCACAACAUUAACCGAUAGAGAAAAAAUCCAUACGCGCAUUACAAUGCAGUUCUUCUAUUGUUAAUGUCAAGAAUUUUAGUCUGCCUGACUCGGGACUCAUGAAAAGUGGUUGUAAACGGGUUAUGCCAAUUUAUAAUGAAAUGAAUUGGAAGAAAAUUAAUCGUAUUGAUAAUGAUUAUGCUAGUGAUAAUAAUGCGGUUGAUGAUCAACGAAAUACUGUGCAACAUUACAGUGUAGAACAACAAGAGGGACAGGAUAUAAUCAACCAUCAGUCUGUAGGAUAUCAAAAUCUGCUGACUGAAUAUUUAGAACGUUUAUGCAGUGAUAUACAAAGUAAUAAUUUCCUUCCAAUUGUGACUGAUAAAAUUAAUUCACUCAAUAAUGCCGAUCCUACGCUUGCAACAAUACCUAAAACGACUACUACUAGGAUUCCAGUGUUUCCUACUCAUGCAUUAGACCUGAGUAUAACAUAUAAUACUUUGCUGAAUGAAAGUGUUCUGCAUGAUCCAUUGAAUAUGACUGAUCAGUGUAGUGAAAUUUCAUCUCCACCUACAUCAUCUUCAGACAAUUCAUUGAAUCACAGUAAGAAAUACAACUUAAUUUCAUCGACAACAUUAUCCUCUUCGUCUACAGUUUCAUCUAAUUUAUUUUCCAAUUACACUGUGCCACAACAUCACCAUCAAUAUCAACUGAAUACAGUAGAUUUGACAAAUGUCAUCCAUCGAACUAACUCAUUUACAAAUACUCUAAAUUAUGAAAUUGAUACUAACAUUUAUACUACUACUAGUAAUCAUCAUUAUCAAAAACAACCAUUCAAUUACGAUCCUUUAAAUAUUAUCAAUAAUAAUGAUAAGUAUACUGGAACUACCAGUAUUCUGACUAAUACUCCUAGUUGUGAUGUGACAUCUGUCAUACCUAAAAUGAAUUCAUUGCUUGUGAAUAAUUUUCACUUUAAUCAUAAUAAUAAAAACAAUUCUAAUACAAUGUUAAAUAUUCAAUCAAAAGACAAUUUAACUGAUCAAUUAAUCAGAGAAAGCGAUCCACAAGACGACGAAGUACGAGAAACAGAAAUUUCUACAAAUAUUUCAAAAGUAAUUGAUUUACAUCAAAAGGAAUUUAGUAAUCAUUAUAAUGGUAAUUCACCGAUUAUUAAUAAUGAAUUAAUAAAUCCAACUGAAAUGAUUUUGAAGUAUGUAACCAAUUAUCACUUACACAGUAUUCAUCAACCAUUCAGUAAUCAACAAUUAAUUGAAGAAAAUGUUCAUGAAAAGGAAGAAAAUGAAAACGAUGUAAAAAAUAAAAAAACUUCUACGUGCAUCGAUCCUGAUGAAACAGUAAUGAAAAAGUUCACUGGUGAACUAUCAUCGAAAUGUAUUGAAUCAGACAUGCAUUCUACGCCGAAUCUAAUUGAAUCCAUAAAAAAAUAUCAUUCAAAUAAAGAAUGUGGUUAUGAUGUGUGUCAAUCAUCUAAACUGAGAGAGCAUUAUCAUUGUAGUAUGUGUAAUAAGAUUAUUCUACGACGUGAAGAAAUGAUAAGACACGCUAAAUGGCAUAGAAAACGUGAAGAAAGUAUGCAAUAUGGAUUUAUGCGUUUUAGUCCAUCCGAUGACUGUACUAUUGUUUCUUGUCCACAUAAUGGACGUCAAACACAUUAUCACUGUAUGCAAUCAAAUUGUGAUAAGGUAUAUAUCAGUACAUCAGAUGUACAAAUGCAUGCAAAUUAUCAUCGUAAAGAUGCUGUUAUUAUACAAGAAGGUUUUCAACGAUUUCGUGCAACAGAAAAUUGUGGCAUCAUCAAAUGUCCCUUCUAUAGAGAAUGCACAACACAUUUUCAUUGUCGACGUAAUAAUUGUCAUUUCACAUUUAAAAAUAAAGGUGAUAUGGAAAAACAUAAAGGACAUCAUCAGAAAAACGAUAGAUUCGCACAAGAUGGAUUUCGUCGUUAUAUAAAAUGUGAAAAUUGUGAUUUUCCCGGUUGUCAAUAUUCUGGUGUAAUAAACCAUAUUCAUUGUAUUCGACCAGGGUGUGAUUAUGUAGUACAUUCAUCCAGUCAGAUUGUAUCACAUAAACGAAAGCAUGACAGGAGAUUAGCAUCAUUUUCACCUAGAUACAUGAAUAUGAUAUGUUGUGACGAUAUGUGUCAAAGACUUUCGUCACCUAAUCAAAACGAUGGCAUUGAUGGCGAAGAUCUAACUAACAUUAGUGAAAACAAGGUCAAUACAAGCAAUUUUGACAUUGUUGGCACUGGACUUGAUCCACUGGAAACAACUAAAUACAUAUUUAAUCUUAUGAGUAGUGGAAAACAAUUAUUAAGCAAUCAUUUUUCGCUAAUUCAAAACAAUCCAACUCAUAACUUCUGCUCAAAUUUAAGUGACUUCGAUUUCAGUUUAACUGAAUCGAUUUCCGCAGAUCAGUUCCUUGAUAAACUUUUAAAGUUUGUCAGUUUGUGUAUUUGUCGACGUCACAACUGGGAGCAGGUAUUAUCAUCCAGUGAUUCUGACAACGAUAAGGAUCACGAAAAUUUAUCAUUAUGUACAAAAAUCGAUAAAAUUCUAACAGCCAUACAUCAAUCCUACGACAAGUACUUCAAUAAAUGUUGCUGGCCAGGAUGCGAUUUACAUGUCAAUACUACUACUACUGCUACAACAACAAAAACUACUACUACUACUAAUAAUAAUAAUAAUAGUAAUAAAAAUAAUAGUGACGAGGAUGUAAAAACAUAUGAAGAAACAUGGUGUAAAUACUGGUCAUCGCAUUUAUUGGAAGCAUGUCUUUCAUUUUAUGCUUAUAUAAAGUGUGAUCAAUCAAAUUGUCCAAUUCAACCCACCAAUGAUCAUGUUCAUUGUCGUUUUUGGCCAAAAUGCGACUUCACUAAUCCAUCAAAACAUAUAAAUUUUCAAAUCUUGUAUAAACACCUUCUUUCACAUGAUGAACGUUUUGUUUUUAAAUCAGUCAACUUAACUAAUCAUGAUCAACCAAUUUAUACCCAAAAUGAAACAACUAGAUGCAAUUUCGCUUUGGAUAUAUCUCAUAACUUAGUAAGUCCAAGACGCAGAGGCCGACCACCAAAAUAUACUAAACAGAUCCAUGUGCCCCACGUUAAUCUACCUGAAAAUUUAUGUGAAGAUAAUAAGUGUACCACUGAUUUAACAUAUUCCAUGUUUUUCGAUCGAUCAGAAAACACCUUUCAAAAUCAUAUGAAUAUUGAUCAAAACUUGACAGACAAUCACACUCCCAAUGUUAAGAGCGUUUCAUAUAAUGGGAGAGAUAUAAAACAACUUCAACGCGUUAAAUUCGGUGUCAAACUGUUUUUAUCUGGUGAAAUGUGUCCAGAUAUUAACUGUCCAUAUUACCCAACACAUGAAGAGCAUUACCACUGUGCCAAAGUAAGGUGUUACAUGGCUACUAAUAGAUUAGAUUUAAUCAAUAUGCAUCGACAUGAAUUUCAUCAGCAUACCAUUAUUGAACAAGGAUUUGAAUAUUUUGACACAAGUAUUGACUGUCGUCGACCAUUAUGUCAUAAUAAUAAAAUACAUAAGCAUUUUCAUUGUACUUAUCCAAAUUGUGAUUAUACAUUUGUACGUGCAAGCACAAUGCAACAACAUUCAAAAAAGCAUACAGAUAAUUUGAAAUCAAGUCAAUCUAUGAUGAAUAAAACUUUUGAUACAAUAAAUACGGGAACGAAACAACCAAAUCAACCAAUUUCUUCUACACUGACAAAUUAUUCAUCAGAUAUGUUGUAUACAUCAUCUACAUUAAAAAAAAUAAAUACAUCGAGCUCAGAUACCAAUUUAACUGAUAAUAUGAAACAUUAUGAUUUCAUAAAUGCACAAUUGAUCAAUCCAUUACUUCCACUCGGUAUAAAUCCAGAACGGUUACUUGUUCGACAACCUAAUGCUCAGGAAGAAAUCUUGUCAAAUUAUCCUUCAUUACCAAUCAUUAAUGAUAUGAAAAGAAGGAAUUAUAGAGAGAAUUCUUUAUUACCCGGUUUUCUCCCUAUUUGGGCUGCUGCAAUGGUUACAGCUGCUAAUGGAGUGAUACCAAUGAAAGCAGAUAGUUCAUCUGAAUUAACAAACGGAUAUUUUUGAAUUAUCAAUUCCUAUAUUCAGCUAACCAAUUAAAAAUAUGUAUAUAUGCGUUCAAGUAAAUCAACUUUCAAUGUUAGUUUAGUACAGAUC